CCCCAGUGCAUGCUGGGAUAGGCUCCAACGUCCCCCCCGCGACCCUGCUCAGGAUAAGCGGGUGUAGAUGACUGAUGAACACAUUAAGUCCAGUUCACACAAUAAACAUUAGUCUCUGACCUAACCUGUGCUAACUGAAAACUAGGAGACACGACAAGCGACAACAUCAAGAUAACGGUACAAGGUACAAUAGGUGCUGGAUGGAGGUACAUGUAACAUGUAAGCGGCACAGGAGGUACAUGUGUAGUGUAUGUCAGUGAGACGUUACUCGGGCCUGUAGCUGUUUCCGUUCCAAACAGCAUAGCGCGCCUCACUGAGCAGAAAAUAACUGGCUUGACUGUGUGUGUGUGUGUUGGCCGUCUGAAUAUGGGGUUUGUAACUCAGUCACUAGAACGCACAUUGGCAAAAGUUAAUCCGAUAUGUAAUUUACCUUCUCAAAAGCAAAAUUUCUCAUGCUGCGUUUUGAACCUCUUAUCAACAUUAAGGAAAAGUCUUUCUCUUGUUGUUUUAAACAUUUGAUGUUUUUUUGUACCUGCACUCACCUCUUAAAUUUUCACAUAACAUUCUGCAAACAGUCGAUUCAGUGAAAAGAGCACUCUACCACCUAUGGUAGGAUGACAAAAUAAGAGCUUGUCUUUGUGAUUUAAAAUAUUUAAUAUUAGUUUUUUUUAACUGUGUGAAAUAGUAUUAGAUUUCUUACAAGCUAUUCACAAACAUCACCCAGUAACCACAUACUGAGUCUUCACUUAACCGAGUUACAUGAUUUACUAAAUUAAUUUUUGAAAACUUUUUAAAAAUUAUUUUGUGCUCUUUGUAUCGUUCAGUUACAAAAUCAUAGGCUGUUUGACUCAAGCAAAUUCAGCUUAAAGCUCGACAGCAACGUAAACAAAUAAUAUUGCCACGUUGCCCAAUUGACCGUAAAUUCUAUAUUCGGAAUCUGAAGUGUUGGCAAACUUUUUUUUUUUUUUUUAAACCUGAAGUCGCUUCCCACCGGUGAAAUGAAAUGGUCUAUAUUCGGCAACGCCACGGUGACGGCGCUGGUCUGCUGACUUGAGCUGGGGAGGCGGGACAGCAGCGCGCCUGUAUCUUAGCUGCGCGAGGUAAGGGGAAGACAGAGCGCCCAGUUGAAGCUGGUGUUGUCAAAAUACGGUGGCUUGAGUCUUGGAUGCUGUUGAUGGGAGGAGGACUAGACUAUGAUAAACGAUGGUCUCUCCAAAUGCGUGGCUGAGAAACCGCAGAAGAUGCAACACCUCCUGUCCGCCGUCUUCGUGUGGCUGGUGACGGGCACGACCAUAUCCAGCUUGAACAAAUGGAUCUUCGUCGUGUACGACUUCAGGUACCCCUUGCUGCUCUCGGCGCUGCACAUGCUAACGGCCAUAGUGGUGGACUACGGGCUCCUGAAAUCACGGAUGGUCAACGGUAAAGCGGGCGGCGAGGAGGACGGCGGCCUGACCGUUGGCGCCCGGUUUAAAGUUUUCAUGCUCAGCCUGACCUUCUGUGCCGGCAUCGCCUUCGGUAACGUGGGACUCAACUACGUCCAGCUGUCCUUCGCGCACAUGAUCUACUCCACCACGCCGCUGUUCACGUUGGCCAUCUCCGCGCUGCUGCUGGGAGAGCAUCACCAUGUCAUCAAAUACACGGCCAUGAUGCCCAUCUGCCUGGGGGCGUCGUUCAGCAUCAUGGGGGAAGUGCAGUACGACCAGACCGGCUGCUUCUGUAUGUUCGCCGCGACCAUGCUGAGAGGAGUCCGAUCCAUUCAACAAAGCAUCCUGCUCCAGGAGGAGAAGAUCGGCGCUGUCCUCCUGCUGUACCUGAUGUCCAUCCCCAGCUUCUGCAUCCUGGCGGUGGCGGCGCUGGUCCUGGAGAACCGGGCGGAGCUGGAGUCCCCGCUGCGCUACGGCGGGCAGGUGUGGGCCCUGGUGCUGCUCAGCUGCCUGGGCUCGGUGCUGUACAACCUGUCCAGCAGCUGCAUCAUCACCCUCACCUCCGCUGUCACCCUGCACGUCCUGGGCAACCUGACCGUGGUGGCCAACCUGCUGCUGUCCCAGCUGCUUUUCGGCAGCCAGCUGACGGGCCUCAGCUGCGCCGGCGCGGGCCUCAUCCUCGCCGGCAUGGUCAUCUACCAGAACUCGGAGCAGAUCGGCCGCUACCUGGACUCGCGCUGGGCCCGCCCGGCUGCGGGCGGAGCCGAGAGCUCUCGGACACAGACUGGCUGCGGCUCAGACCGCGCAACAGCCAAUGGGGCGAGAGACUGCAAGCAGGACUGAGUAGGGGGAAUGGCCUCUCCGUUUGCCCUUUGAACAGCUGGUGUUCUUCUCCCCCAGUGUUUUAUCAGCCAAAGCCAGUGUUCUAGAACUCCAGCGCCGUUCAGUUACCGGUGGUGAUUGUGACAUCAGCAUUGGAAUUCUCUUAGUUAAGAACAUUCUAAUGACAUCUGUGAUCUCACACUCUUAAAAGGGUUAAUGGCUGGGUGGAGUCUGACCAGUUUGGAGUCAAACUUAGCUGUUGUAAUGAUUCGGAGGGUGAAGUGGGAAUGGGUGAGGUACGUUAGGGAGGGGCUUAAUCAUCCAGGAAUGAUGCUAACACAAGCCCCACCCGAUGAGCGUACUCCUUACUCUACAGACGAAUAUGUACAUGUUUGAAGACAAUUUCUGUGAAAGAAGGUUAAUUAUCAGGACUGAUUUAUGGCGCUUGAUUGAUAUUUAACCAUUAGGUGCUUGACUGACUUUUUAAAAAAAGAUAUAAUGCUAUCAAGUUAUGGUUUCCUGCAGAGCAGCACCAAUUUUAAUGGCUUUUUUGUUCAGUUAUGAUCUCCUCAUUUACCGAAGUUUUCUGUAUGUUUAGUUUGAACAAAAGUUCUCAUUAAAUGGGGUACAGGGCAUUGCUAAUAAUCCCAUUCUAGGCUCUUUGGGUGCUAUUAAUCCCAAACAGGCACUUAACAGUUUCAAUAUUGCUGUGAGAGAAAGCAACAUCACGACAACCUUAUGAAACCGUUUUAGAAAUGAGGCUUGUUUUGUGGAGUUUUUUUUCUCCCUCUCAUUUUUGUACAGACAGAUGUAUUAUAACUGUAUGAGGAAUGUGUGGAAUUCUGAAGUAUAUUGACCUUGGUUUGGUUGGAGGAAAACCAAGAUUGAGCCCUUGUAUUUACGGUGGCGUGGUGAGAAAAAUGACAAUCGAUGAAGAAUGGUAAAGGGACUGCAUUUAUAUAGCGCUUUUAUCCAAAGCGCUUUACAAUUGAUGCCUCUCAUUCGCCAGAGCAGUUAGGGGGUUAGGUGUCUUGCUCAAGGACACUUCGACACGCCCACGGCAUGGGGUUUGAACCGGCAACCCUCCGACUGCCAGACAAUCGGUCUUACCUCCUGAGCUAUGUCGCCCCCAUAAGAACGUGACUGCAGGCCCAUUAGGCGGCCUUCGAUCCUGCGGGGGCAAGGCCCUCGGGACUGUUGUCGUCGCUGGGGGAGAUGGGUCACAGGCCCUCUUGUCCAGCAGAUCGAACUGGAGAGUAGCCGUUUUUUUAAAAAAUAUUUCUGAUUGAACCCUGUAACAGCCUCGCGCUACACGUGCCAGUUGUUGGAUCACCAGCGGUUAAUCGCGGAAGCUAAACGCCAGGGAGAAAAAAGCUGUUUGUGGCGCGAUGACAUUUGAAAGCUGCUGAGAUUCACACGAGCCCCAUCGGAACGUCCCGCUGUUGUAAAAUGCAGCUCAGUGAGACGGUGAGACACAUUCUAUUUCUGUGUCUCAUAUUUUGGCUGCGCUUCUGUCGAUCUGACGGCGCUUGACCCAGAAAAGCGAUUCUUUGUCUUAAAAAGCGAAAGGCUUCCUGGUCUCCCCUCUCGUGGCGAACCCGCGAACGCCUUUUGAUGUUUGCCCACUCAGCACCUCCGUGACCGUGAGCAGACCUCAGGUAAGUGACCGUGACUGGUUUCCGGAUCAGGAUUUCGUAGCUUCGCUAGAUACCGUUCGUACCGUGUACCAAUAUGUUUGCUGUUUGAAUACUAUGGUUGCUUUCAAAAUGGCUCCCUUCCUCCCUGUGUCCCAAGAUAGCUCAGUCUGACUUAACAUUAAGGGGUCUGAAAACAUGGUCCUGAAGAGCCAUGGGUAGUCUGUUGGGUUGUUUUACUCCCCCAGUGCCUUCAGAUGAAGUAUCAGCAUGCCAAGUGUUCACUUAUUAAUAAUGAAUCAGGUAUCAAUAAAGAGUGAGUGCAUAUAGAGAAAGGGGCCUCCACAAUGGUCAGUAAUGUUGGAGUGGUUGACAGAUGCAAUGUGGAAAUGCGUUGAAGUGAUUAUUUGAAAUGAGCCUUUAAGGAUUUUAAAAAAAAUAGUGUUCAUGAAUAUUGUACAGGUCAUGUAAUUUUUUUAUUACUUGAAUGUGUUUUACAGUGGUUGAAGCGUGUCUUAAAUACAUUGGUUAAAGAAA